AUGCCAAUUAGUGAAUAUCUAACUACUGGUACGCAAGAAAAAAGUAAAGAUAGCAAAGUAAAGGAUGAAAAUGAGUUAAAAAGGAAAGAACUGGAAAGCUCAGCUGCCAAAAAAAGCUCUCUUCGCAAUUUGACGAAAAUUCGCAAUCUACUUAAUAUAUCACUUAAAAUUCGAAAAGGAAAAAAAAUACCGAAACCAUUGGAACGUUUGGAAGAAUCAGUAGUGGAAGAUGGCGAAUUAGGUAAAGAGCCAUCUGAUCAAUUAAAAACUAAAUCAAACGAAGAUAUUCAAAAAAACAUAUUAACAAAAACAGAUUCUGUUCCCUUACUUGAUCGAACACAAUCUGACGUUACACUACAAGAAGCGCAAACAGCGAAGCAAAUACCUGCGUCAUUACAUUUACCACUCCCGAACGAAUCUACAUAUAUUUUGGAUGACGAUCGUACACAAGGGACAGCGGCGCCUCUGCAUUACGAUCCAAAAAUUCUGGAAGUGAAAGUGAAACGCCGAAUACGACUUUAUGCUAAAAUAUCAUUCUGCAUGACAUUUAUAAUCUUAUCAAUAACAUUUAUUAUUUUCAUUAUUGCUAUGUUCGGUUGGUGGAUUUCAUUUACAGCAUAUGGGAUGCUUAAUUCUGAGCGUUUAAUUCGAUUGGAAAAUGAUGAACAUAAUUUACUAAUGAGACAGAUUGCAUCAGCAGAUGGUAUGAGGCAUCGGUGUAACUAUCAAGAAAUUUCAACUUUACCAUGGAGUUCGUGGACAGAAUGUCUUCGAAGUACGAUGCAAUCAGUCCAGUGGAGAUGGCGAAAUCUUUCAUAUGGAUUAUAUUUUGUAGAUCAACAGCUCAUUAAUAUCAAAGGGUGUUAA